GUUCUACUGCCUAUGAAUCAUGAAAACAGCGGUUGGAAUGAUUUGAUACAGUAGGAUGAAAAUGCUAGAUGGGGAAUGAAACAAUGGCUACAAGAUGGGGAUUCUGCGGUGCGGGGAGAAUAUGCGAAGACUUUUGUGCAACCAUGGUGACACUGCCACGCGAGGAACACAAGCUGAUGGCUAUCGCAGAUACAUUCAAUGACAAUGCAGAACUGUAUGCCCAGAAAUUCAACAUUGAGAAGGUUUACGAGUCGUACGAGGAUAUGGCUGACGACCCCGACAUUGAUGUAGUGUAUAUCGCUACGAUCAACCCUGACCAUCAUCGACUGUGUCUGAUUUUCCUGAAGGCAGACAAGCACGUGCUGUGUGAGAAGCCAAUGACCCUCACCUUGGCUGGUUGCGAGGAGCUCCUGAAGGUUGCCAAGGAGAAGAAACUCUUCUUUAUGGAGGGUGAGUGGUCGCGCUGCUUUCCCGUGUAUGACCAAAUAAGGAAGGAACUGGAUUCUGGGAGUCUUGGAGACGUGAAGCUGAUUCAAACAUCCAUCUGUAUGUCAGGCUACCAAUGUGAGAGAGUGGAGAAGAGGGCGCUGGGAGGGGGAGGCCUCAAGGACAUCGGGUGCUACACCAUCCAGGCUGCACUUCUCGCCUUCAAAGGAAUGCCGACUAAAAUUGUAGCCGAAGUAGACAUGGUUGACAACGGUGAAGUGGAUGCCGGCGGGAGCGUCAUUCUGUGCUAUCCCGGGGGUAGGAUGGCGGUGUUGACAUACCACACCCAUAUAACAGGGGCCGACAACAGCCUACACAUACUGGGCACACGAGGGAGCAUACACGUGGAGGCGCCAUUCUGGAUUCCAACUAAGGUUCGCACUCCGAACGGGGACUAUGAGUUCCCUCUUCCUGACAGUGGCUAUAACUACAACUAUGAGUAUUCCUCGGGAUUUGUGUACGAACAGAAUGCCGUCAGAGACUGUCUGAAGAAAGGGCUGACCGAGAACCCAGUGAUCACCCACGCAGAGAGCAGAACAAUCGCUGCCAUAUCGGACGAGAUUCUCCGACAGUUUGGUAUACAGUACGAUUCCCCUUAGUAUUGCAUGUUCGCGGGAUCAUCGUUGAGAAUCUUCUCAGCAAUGCAUUAAACAACCUUGACACAAGCUGUGCAGUCACGUGAUUAGCCAUCCUUACUUCUGGGAUGACGGUCUGGAUACAUGGACAUUUUCACCUAAGUGUCUACACCAGGAAAAGCUUUCUGAUAAGUUUCCUCCACGGUCGAUUGACUGAAUGCUGAAUUACAUUUUUGUCUGGGAGGAAUUAAUAUCUAAUUAACUUUGAUCUUUCAUGUUAGUUAUUAAUAUCUAAUAAACGUUGAUCAUUCAUGUUAGUAAAAGAGAUAUACGUCGAAACACGAGGGAAGAGAUACUUUUUCACCAACCCUUAGGAUAAAUUGUCUUUAGUCGUUCAAGUUCAGCUAUAUUUACAUAAUGCUUAUCUAUCCAAAUAUUAUGUUAUCUAGCAUACUGAUUCAAAAUAUAAGAUACAGGUUGCAAUGAU